AUGAGCCGACGAAAUCGUGAUAGCAGAUCAACAAGCUCUUCACUUUCUAGAUCGAGAUCUACCUCUCGAUCAACAUAUGACAGUUCCCCACGUGAUCGUGAUUAUAGAACCGAUCGUUCUCGUUCUCGUAGUAGAAGCAGAAGUAGGGACCGCGGAAGAUAUAGCCGUAGAAGAUCACCAAGACGAAGGAGAGAACGCACCAGGAGUCCAUUCUCGCGUCGGCGUUCACCUGCUGAUACUGCUAAACCUUCAAGCAAAGUUAUUUUAACUUCUUUACCCUCGUAUGUCGACAAGGAUGUGCUUAAUAUUCUACUAGCAAGGCAAGGUUAUCAUCCAAUUGACAUUCGUGUUGUGCGCCGUAACACAGAUGGGGGUUCUGUUCGCGUUUUUGGUUUUAUCGAAUUUUCUGAUGUUUAUACUGCUGAGGAUUGGAUUAGUUUUAACAAGGGAUAUUUAAAGCUUGAUGAUGGUUUUCAAGUACGCUUGGAAUAUUCACGUGAGGAAAUUGCACGUGAAAAACAUACCUACAAUCCAUUAGCAUCUGACUGGACUUGUUCAAAGUGUGGAACUUCUCGGCAGGAGUCGGAUGCUAUGGAGGCUAAAGGUUAUGCUAUGGUUGGAGUUUCACCUUCAGACACGUUGUUAAUUCGCGAAUUGCCCGUUACUGUUACUGAAGAAAUCAUUCGCGCAUCACUUGGGAAAUAUACGGAUCUGACUAUUCAACGCGUUCAAAUAUCCUCUUCAAAGCUAUAUGCUUUCGUUCAAAUGAGGUCAAGUGAUGAAGCGGGAACUGUUCUUCAUAUCUUCAACAAAACCGUUCCUUAUAUUGAUAAUUGUGCAGUGAUUAUUACUUAUUCGCGUCAGUCCCUCAAUCAAAUACUCAUAUUGGAGAAUGUCAAUAUUUUGAAGAGCCAGAGCGGAAUCAGUAGCUCUAGCAUCAACCCCACAAACUCCGCUGCUCAACUUGCCCAAAAUGCAAUAAGAAUCGCCAACAUGGGGCGCUCAACGCCUAAUGCUACACCAGCUGUUUCCACAUAUGAAGUGCCCCCUCGACAGUGUAUAUCAACUCCUUUUGGUUAUCUGCCUGUCUAUGAAACUCCGGAUCCGAAAUCCUUUCAAUUUGAACCUUCCUCUGGAUAUUAUUAUGACACUGCGACUGGAUUUUACUUUGACUCAAAAACUCAAUACUAUUUUAACACCAAUACUAAUCAUUGGAUGUUUUGGUCUCAUCGCUAUUCUUGUUACAUUGAUUGUCACGGAGGUGAUGACGAGUUGAAAAGCAAAUUGCAGGAGGAGGAACGUUUGACGCGCCAGUCUACUGAAUCUUGCUCAGUUGCUAAUCUGCCUACUUGUUCUUCUAAUGAAUUGGAAACAAACUUGGUUUGUAAUCAUUUGAGUAUUUAG